GCCAGUAAAAAUCAGAAAGAAGAAGAAAAGAAGCAGCAGAGGAAGAAGAAGAAAAAGACAAAGAGGACGGCUCGUGGUCUGCUUUGUUGAAAGCUUGAGUGUUUCUCUAAUAAAAUAUCUUCAGUCCGGCUUAACCGAGUUUAUCAACGAUCAGUUAACUGCUGCUGAAGAAACAUUUACAGAGUUUAAAGAAAUCAUCGUCAAGUCGGAGGAAGAGAUGGAUGAUCAUCGCAGACUGCUGGAUUUCUCCCGGACGCCCCGGAUAAUUUUACACCGUAUAGAUUCCCUGAAGUGUAACGUUCAAAACCAGGAGAGGAGAUCCACUCUGGACCAGGAGGAGUUAGAACCUCUGCAGGUGAAACAAGAAAAGGAAGUGCCAGAAGAUCAUCAGAUAAAAGUGGAAGAGAAAGAAGUUUACUGCAGUCAGGAUUCCCUGAAGUGUAACGUUCAAAACCAGGAGAGGAGAUCCACUCUGGACCAGGAGGAGUUAGAACCUCUGCAGGUGACACAAGAAAAGGAAAAGCCAGAAGAUCAUCAGAUAAAAGUGGAAGAGAAAGAAGUUUACUGCAGUCAGGGUGAAGAACGGAUUGAAUUAAAUCAAGAGACUGAUACCUGCAUGAUGGUUCCUGUUGAUGAGCAAACAAACCACAAUGAAUCAGAACCAAACAGGAACCAAGACGUCUUCCAGGAAUCUGCUGAAUCUGAGAAGCAAAAUCAGGAAAGAAGAAAACCUUUCUCAUGUGUGACCUGUGAAAAGCGUUUCACUUUCAAAUCUGUUUUUGAUGCUCACAUGAGAACUCAUACUGGUGAAAAGCCGUUUUCAUGUGUGAACUGUGGAAAAAGUUUUAGUCGAAAACAGGAGUUAACUCUGCACAUGAUGAUUCACACUGGUGAAAAGCCGUUUUCAUGUGUGAACUGUGGAAAAAGUUUUAAUCACAAACCAAAUUUAACUAAGCACAUGAAUUCCCUGAAGUGUAACGUUUAUAACCAGGAGAGGAGAUCCACUCUGGACCAGGAGGAGUUAGAACCUCUGCAGGUGAAACAAGAACAGGAAGAGCCAGAAGAUCAUCAGAUAAAAAUGGAAGAUAAAGAAGUUUACUGCAGUGUGGCACAGCACAAUUCAGUGAACAAGCCGGUGCUGAUCGGCUCUCAAUAA